AUGGUGGCCUACAGCAAGCUGACAGAUCACUUCUUGUUGGUGAAGCCAUGGAAAUGGACCACCCAGGAAGCCAAGUUCUACGAAGAAGUCCAUGAACUGGAGAGAAAGUAUGCCGCGCUCUACCAGCCCCUCUUCGACAAAAGAAGUGACAUAGUGAAAGCAGCUUAUGAACCCACAGAUGAGGAAUGUGAAUGGAAGGCAGAUGAGGAGGAAGAGCUGACAGAAAAGAUGAAGGAGAAGGCCAAGUUGGAGGAGGAGAAGAAGGACGAGGAGAAAGAAGACCCCAAAGGCAUCCCCGAGUUCUGGUUAACGGUUUUCAAAAACGUGGACCUGCUCAGUGACAUGCUGCAGGAACACGACGAACCCAUCCUUAAACAUUUACAAGAUAUUAAAGUCAAAUUCUCAGAUCCAGGACAGCCAAUGAGCUUCACAUUAGAGUUCCACUUCGAGCCCAACGACUUCUUCACAAACACAGUGUUGACGAAAACCUACAAGAUGAGGUCAGAGCCCGACGAGAGCGACCCCUUCUCCUUCGACGGACCAGAGAUCAUGUGCUGCACGGGUUGCACGAUUGACUGGACCAAGGGCAAGAAUGUCACGUUGAAAACAAUCAAGAAGAAACAGAAGCACAAGGGCCGCGGAACAGUCAGGACGGUCACCAAGACGGUCCCCAACGAUUCCUUCUUCAACUUCUUCGCCCCACCAGAGGUUCCGGAGAAUGGAGAGCUGGAUGAGGACUCGGAGGCAGUUCUAGCUGCUGACUUUGAAAUCGGCCACUUCAUCCGUGAGCGCAUCGUACCUCGGGCCGUGCUCUACUUCACAGGAGAGGCCAUAGAGGACGAUGACGAUGAUUACGAUGAGGAAGGAGAGGAGGCUGAUGAUGAGGAAGGUGAAGAGGAAGCUGAUGAGGAGAAUGACCCCGACUAUGAUCCCAAGAAGGAUGCAGCCCCCCCAGCUGAGUGCAAUCAGCAAUGAAGCCUGGCCCGGCUGCCUUGAGGAUCAACUGCACUGUAACGGCUUCUCAAAUUAAAAGAAAAGAAAAAAAACGGAUUUAAAAAAAAAAAAAAAUAGUUACUUACCGCCUUAUAAUGUUUUGUAUUUUUCUUGGUAGAGAAUUUGAAGAAAAAAAGGUUUCAAGAUUUUUGUUACAAAAACUCAUGGUAAUAUACUGGGAGCUGUGUGGCUCAAUAUACAUAGUAUUUUACUAGACCUGUUUUUUCCUUCUCUUCCUUCUCUGUACAAUAGCUAGACUACAGGAAAAAUACCUUCCUCAAAAAGCAUGAACUUGUUUCUUCACUGCUAAACUAGUUUGGGUUCUUGUGAAGUCUUUUGUUGUAUUUGCUCUUAGACAACAGCUGUGGUUUAGACUUCAUUGGCAGUUUAUACCCCCUCCUGCCCUUCCUCUUCCUCUAUUCCUCCCACCAAAGCUCCAGGUUGACAGUUCUGGUUGUUCCAGGAGAUUUUUUUUUUUAAAUUUUCUUUAGUGGGGCCUUUAGCACUUGAAAAAGCACUGUAGCAUUUCCAGCUCUAGAGAAGGAGGACAGAUGGGUGACCUACAGCUGGGUGUCCAUUCCGGUUUAUCUAAU